CAUGGAUCUGUGGACGACAUGCUGGAUGCUGAAAACAAACGGCUGGCGGACAACCUGGCAACCAAAGUCUCCAGACUCAAAUCUCUGGCUUAUGACAUCGAUAAGGAGGCGGACGAUCAGAACGAGUAUCUGGACAGCAUGGACUCGAACUUCCUGAGUGCGACGGGGCUGCUGACCGGCAGCGUGAAGCGGUUCUCCACGAUGGUCCGGUCCGGGCGGGACAACCGGCGCCUGCUGUGCUACGUCUCCGGGGGGCUAGUGCUAAUCUUCUUCAUGCUCUACUACCUAGUGUCCAGGAUCCAGAGCUGA